GAACACUUGUGGUCAGCGCCGCCCACUACACUCUGACAGGGCAGCGGCUAGCGACCAACAGUCAUUGCUAAGUGCGAGUGCGACGAUACAUUACUAUACACUGCUACUGAUCAGCUGCAGGCAGACAUCUCGACUCAGACAAAAAUGGUCAUGUCAGCCAUCCUGAAGGACCUGAGGGCAGCCUUUGGGGAUGUGGAGGCGGCGCCCUACACUGUGGUGGUGGAGCGAGGGGGUUAUGAGGAGAGGGUGUAUCCAGCAAGGCAGUGGGUCUGUACUACAAUGGCAGGCCCCAGCAGACACGACCUGGUGACGCCCAUGUUCAGGAGGCUCUUCUGUUACAUCUCCGGCAGGAAUGACCCGAACGUGAGGAUCGACAUGACAACCCCGGUGGUAACUUUAGUGGAACCGAAGCGAAGUGAGGGAGAGAAGAACGGAGAGAGCAAGGACAUAAAGACACAACACUGCUCUUCUAACGGCACGUCCUCGCCUACUUCCCCUGCUUCCUCCUCCUCCUCCACCUCUUCCUCCAUCUCCACCCCCUCCUCCCCGGCCUCCUCGUCCUCCUCCCCGCUGCCUGUGUACACAAUGGGUUUCCUCAUCCCCGCGUCGCACCAGGAGACACCGCCGCCGUCCUCUGAUAAGAAUAUUUUCUUUGAAGAUCGCCCACAGUUAGUCGUCCUCUGCAGGCGGUUCAGCGGGUACAUGAAUGAUGAAGUGGUCGCCAAGGAACUCGCUGCCUUACACCAGUCAAUAAUCAACAACGGAGAGGAGGAGGGCGUGGACUUCUCCCGUUACUAUGUGGCAGGUUAUGAUCCACCCUUCAAACUGCUGGGGAGACGGAACGAGGUGUGGGUGGUGAAGAAAGUGAGCGAGAAUAGGCUGAAUGGAUGCAAUGGAAGCGAGGUGUCGCUAAACGGGGUGCUGAUGAAGGAGGAGCAGCUGGGUGAUGAUGAUAUGGUACAGUUGGUUACAGAGAACGGGAAUGAUGAAGUGAUGUUAUCCUGAAAGACGAUACUGGAGGAGGAACUGUGGAGCUGGUGGUGAUGUUUGGUGAUGCGGUAAGUGUUGGUGUUGAGAGAAACUGUGCUUGGUGCUUUGUGGUGUUAGUGUUAUAGUGAGGUUGUGAUGUGUCUCUCGGAAGGAAAUGAAAGUAGAGUUGAAAAAAAUAUGUGUUUGAAAAAGAGUAUAUUUUUCGAAUUUCUAAAAAAGGGGAUAUGAAAAACAGUGAAGUGAAGUGAAUAUAUUUAAAACUGAUGGGGAAAUGGAAAAAAAAAUAGUGUUUGAAACGAAUAUUUUCAGACCAAUGGAAAAAAAAAAUAUGGGGAAAAAGGAAUAGUGUUUUAAAGAAUAUAAUUAACUAUUUUAACUUAAUACACUUUUACCUUUCUUUCUUUUGAUGGGUACUGAAGUCGUUAAGAAGAACAAUUCGUAUAAAUUAAGAACUAAAUAAAAUAAAGCGAAAAAUAUUUUAAAAGAUAUACAAUUGACUAACGUGUUUAAAAAUGAAUUAUGUUUGUUCAUUAAUUGUCCCGGCAAAGUAUUAGAGUAAAUGAAAGUCUUAAAAAGGGAAGAAUAUGUUUGUUUUAGAUUAAUAAUAAGCAAAUGUGUAUGUGUGAAAGGUCGACCCUAAGCAUUUUCUCGUGUGUGUAUUGAACAGUUUUGCAAGUGUUGUGUUGGUGGGAACUGGAAACAACAGAGAAAACGUGAUUCCGUGACAGACUGAAGAAGUUUAUUUUGGAAUGUAGUGUUAAAGAAAAUGUGUUUAUGUGUUUUUAAUGUUUUAGAGAGAGAGAGAGAGAGAGAGAGAGAGAGAGAGAGAGAGAGAGAGAGAGAGAGAGAGAGAAUAUAUUUGAGGCUUUUGAUAUACAGAAACAUGACACACACACACACACACACACACACACACACACACACACACACACACACACACACACACACACACACACACACACACACACAACAAUUAACAAUUCCAAUGAUAUCAGAAGUGCUCAUACUGUUAUUAUUAUUAUUAUUAUUAUUAUUAUUAUUAUUAUUAUUAUUAUUAUUAUUAUUAUUAUUAUUAUUAUUAUUACUGAUAGGCCCACGCCAAGCUUUUAUCGUGCUCAAUAUAAUACGGCCGGAAAAAGAGAGUAAUAAUACCUUUGCCUACCUAGUAAUUAAGCAGGUUAAGCAGGUAAGCAGAGUGUAAGUGUUAGCUCCACUUCUGCACCUGUAAUUAAGGUUGUUAUUCCUUGCGGAUAUAUAUUGUAGGUAGAUAUUAUGAGAGAGAGAGAGAGAGAGAGAGAGUGUGUGUGUGUGUGUGUGUGUGUGUGUGUGUGUGUGUGUGUGUGUGUGUGUGUGCUAUUUUUAAAGUGUUCUAUAUACAGCAAUACGAAACACAAUCUUGAUAUAUUUUACAAUCGCACAUGAAUAAUCUUUGAGUCCAUUUUAUUACCCAGAGUGACUUAUUGUUCCUCUGAAAAUACUAUACGUGCACGGAGCGGUUAUUAUUGUCAUU